AUGGGCGAGCCUUUCUUACUCUUUCUUUCUUUCUUUCUUUCUUUCUUUCUUUCUUUCUUUCUUUCUUUCUUUCUUUCUUUCUUUCUUUCGUCCAUUUCUUCCCUCCCAAUCGGUCUUUCUUUCUUUCUAUCUGUUUUUCUUUCUUUUUUUCUUUUCUUCAUUUCUUUCUUUCUUUCUUACCUGCAUUUCUUUCUUUCUUUUUUCUUUCUUUCUUUCUUUCUUUCUUUCUUUUUCUUUUCUUUCUUCCAGCCUUUGUUUGUUUGUUUGUUUCUUUCUUUCUUACCUGCAUUUCUUUCUUUCUUUUUCACUACCAGCCUUUCUUUCUUUCUUUCUUUCUUUCUUUCUUUCUUUCUUUCUUUCUUUCUUUCUUUCUUUCUUCAUCCCCAGCCUUUCUUACUGUUUCUUUCUUUCUUUCUUUAUUUCUUUCUUUCUUUCUUUCUUUCGUUUUCUUUGUUUUUUUUUUUUUGUUUGUUUGUUCCUUCCUUUCUUUCUUUCUUUCUUUCUUAUCUGCAUUUUUUCUUUCUUUUUCUUUACCAGCCUUUCUUUACUUUUCCUUUCUUUUUUUUUCUUUUUUCUUUUCUUUCUUUCUUUCUUUCUUUCUUUCUUUCUUUCUACCAGCCUUUCUUUCUUUUUCCUUUCUUUCUUUCUUUUUCUUUUUUUUUUGUUUCUUUCUUUCUUUUUUCUUUCUUUCCUGCAUUUUUGUUUUUCACUACCAGCCUUUCUUACUUUUCCUUUCUUUCUUUCUUUCUUUCUUUCUUUCUUUUCUUUCUUUCUUUCUUUUACCUACCAUUUCUUUCUUUUUUUUCACUUUUUUCCUUUCUUUCUUUCUUUUCCUUUCUUUCUUUCUUUCUUUCUUUCUUUCUUUCUUUCUUUCUUUCUUUCUUUCUUUCCUACAUUUCUUUCUUUCUUUUUCACUACCAGCCUUUCUUACUUUUCCUUACUUUUCUUUUCUUUCUUUCUUUCUUUCUUUCUUUCUUUCUCAUUUUCGUCUUCUUCCUGUCGUCUGCUCUUUCCACUAAUGUUGUACACUUCUUAUGUGGACAGCAAUUGAGACACAAAAACAUUUUUUCUUUUUCUUUUUUCUUUCUUUCUUUCUUUCUUUUUUUUUUUUUUGACUUUUCUCUUUUUCUCAUUUCCCAUGAUUCACUCCAUGUCCUUCAGUUAUCUCCCUUUCUACAUCUCGUAACAUCUAUCUAUCUUUGUUCAUCCUUCUCUUCAUCUAUCUAUCUAUCUAGCGAGCUAGCUAAUUCUGUCGAUAUCUAUCUAUCUAUCUAUCUAUCUAUCUAUCUCAGUCUCUUCAUUAUCUAUCUAUCUCAGUCUAUUCAUUAUCUAUCUAUCCAAUUCUGCUCAUAUCUAUCUUUCUAUGUAUGUAUAUAUGUAUUCUAUUCUUAUCUAAUUUUGUUCAUAUCUAUCUAUCUAUCUAUCUAUCUAUCUAUCUAUCUAUCUAUCUCUCUGUGUUAUCUAAUUCUAUUCAUAUCUAAUUUUGUUCAUAUCUAUCUGUCUAUCUAUCUAUCUCAAUCAGUCCAUUAUCUAUCUAUCCAGCUAACUAAUUCUGUUGAUAUCUAUCUAUCUAUCUAUCUAUCUAUCUAUCUAUCUAUCUAUCUAUCUAAGUCUAUUCAUUUUCUAUCUAUCUAUCUAUCUAUCUAUCUAUCUAUCUAUCUAUCUAUCUAUCUCACGCUUUAUCUAUCUAUCUCUCUUUUUGCCUAUCUAUCUAUCAGCCUAUUUAUCUAUCUUUUCUUGUUCAUAUCUUUCUAUAGCCCUUUCAUAUCUAUCUGCCUAUCUAUCUAUCGCUGUCCUAUUAUAUCUAUCUAUAUAUGUAGGUCUGUUUAUAUCUAUCUAUCUAUCUAUCUAUCUAUCUAUAUAUUACAAUCCUUUCACACCUACCUAUCUAUCUAUCUGUCUAUUAGUCCUUUCACAUCUAUCCGCCUAUCUAUCUAUCGCUGUCCUUUUAUAUCUAUCUAUCUAUUUGUGUCCUCUCAUAUCUAUCUAUCUAUCUAUCUAUCUAUCUAUUGCUGUCCUUUCAUAUCUAUCUAUCUAUCUGUCUAUCUAUCUAUUGCUGUCCUUUCCUAUCUAUCUGUCUAUCUAUCUAUCUAUAGCUGUCCUUUUAUAUCUAUGUAUUGCUUUCCUUUCAUAUCUAUCUAUCUAUCUAUAACAGUCCUUUCAUAUCUAUCUAUAUAUGUUUUCCUCAGUCGCCUUAUAUGUUCUUAUCUCACAGACCUAGACGUUUUCUGUCUUUCCACCUCGAUUUUCGCUGUCUCUCUCUCCCUCUCUCUCUUUAUCUCUUUCAGUUCUAAACCUUCGUUGCUCGAUAAUUCUUCACAUACCGUCCCCCCCUUUUCUUUCUCUCUCUCUCGCUCUCUCUCUCUCUCUCUUUCUCUCUCUCUCCUUCCGUCUCUCAUUUCUCUUUCACUCAUUCUUUCCUCAGCCAUUAUCUAUAUACUUUUCUCUCUCUCUCUUUCAUGCCUCCAAGUGCAUUUCUUAACCUUUCUCUCUCUAUCUAUCUUUCUCCCCACCUCUCUCUAUCAAUCCAAUUUCCUUAAUUUUUUCCCCCUAUCCAUCUAUCUCCAGUCUCUUCAUAUCUAUCUAUCUAUCUAUCUAUCUAUCUAUCUAUCUAUCUGUUUCAACAUGUUUACAUCUAUCUAUCUAUCUAUCUAUCUAUCUAUCUAUCUAUCUAUCUAUCUAUCUAUCUAUCUGUUUCAAGCUGUUUACAUCUAUCUCUUUAUCUAUAUGUCUGUCUGUCUGUCUCAAACUGUUUACAUGUAUCUAUCUAUCUGUUUCAAACUGUUUACAUCUAUCUAUCUAUCUAUCUAUCUAUCUAUCUAUCUAUCUAUCUAUCUGAUUCAACCUGUUUACAUCUAUCUAUUUAUCUAUCUGUCUGUCUGUCUGUCUCAAACUGUUUACAUGUAUCUAUCUAUCUGUUUCAAACUGUUUACAUCUAUCUAUCUAUCUAUCUAUCUAUCUAUCUAUCUAUCUAUCUAUCUAAGUUUACUUUUAAAAAGAUGUCCAGUUCGCAUCGAUAGGCGAUUGUACUACAGACAGCAAGCAACGUAUUUUUUUCAAUUGUGUGACCAAGUCUUUCUGACUGUAAUCAUAAAUUUAUAA